GUGGACAAAAUGGUGCGUGUGGAAUUAUCAAAAUUACUACAGUUGCAAACGGAUGCAAAACGGGUGCGUAAUAUCUGUAUCCUGGCACACGUGGACCACGGUAAGACAACUCUGGCAGAUAGUUUAAUCGCAAGCAAUGGAAUCAUCUCCAGCCGAUUGGCGGGAAAACUCCGCUACAUGGACAGCAGACCGGACGAGCAAGAGCGCCAGAUCACGAUGAAAAGUAGUAGCAUCGCUUUGUACCAUCGGGAAGAGACGCCGUGCGAAGCGGAACCUGCGGAUGAGCAUCUGAUAAAUCUGAUCGAUUCCCCCGGACACGUCGACUUCAGCAGUGAAGUGUCGACAGCGAUCCGCCUCUGCGAUGGGGCCAUCAUAGUCGUCGACGUGGUCGAAGGGGUUUGUCCACAGACUCGCGUUUGCCUGCAGCAGGCCUACAGUGAACAACUGUCCACCGUUCUGCUGCUGAACAAGAUUGAUCGGCUUGUGCUGGAAAAGAAGUUGGAACCGGCGGAAGCAUAUCUUCACCUAACGCAGGUGCUGGAACAAGUGAAUGCGGUCGUUGGCAAUCUGUUUGCAACGGAUGUGCUAGCACGAGAACAAGUCAAUGCCGGUGUUGACCAAACGUCUGCCCUGGAGGAGGCGGACGAUUCCGUGCUCUACUAUUCUCCCCAGCAAGGAAACGUACUGUUCGGCUCCGCCCUCGACGGGUGGGCAUUCGAUUUGGCCACGUUCGCUAAACUAUACCAAGGCAAACUUGACGGUGUUACUGACGCCGGGGAGCUUUUGAACGGUCUAUGGGGCGACUAUUUUUACUCCCCGCGACGGAAAGCUAUCGAGUGCGGGGCGGCGGAGAAAGGACGGAAGCCACUUUUUGUGCAGCUCGUGUUGGACAAUCUGUGGAAUAUAUACGGGCUGGUAGAAAACCGCGACGAGGGAAAGCUACGAUCAAUUUCGGAACGCUGUGGCGUUACCCAAAAUCCGCGCGAUCUUCGACACGCCGAUGGGCGGGUGCCGGUGAGGAAUCUUCUUUCCGGUUGGUUGCCGAUUGAACGAUCGUUACUCGGUGCAAUAUGCCGUAUCGUCCCGAAUCCAACUAGCAUCACCGACAUAAAAGCAGAGAAGUUGCUCUGUUCCCGGUUGUUUGAUUUCAGCUCCUAUCCACCCGAAACACGCGCCCUUAAGGAUGACAUCAUGCGAUGCGAUGCGGCAAGUGAUCGAUUGAUCGUGUUUGUUUCGAAAAUGUUUCCGAUCGAACAUGGUGCCCUUGCGGGAGCAAAAGAGACGCUGGAACGUUUGACGAAAAACCUUACGCUCAAUGCCAUCGAUGAAGGAGCCGUUGAAGAUGGGGUGGAAGCGGAAAUAUUCCUAGCCUUUGCUCGAGUAUAUAGUGGUACACUGAGGAGAGGAUCGAAGGUGUAUGUUAUAGGGCCUAAGUACGAUCCAAGAACGAUGCACACGGAGGCGGACAAUGCAACUACUAAUCCACAUCUGAUUGAGGUGGAAAUAGAUAGCCUUUUCCUGCUCAUGGGACGACAAUUGGAACCAGUGGACUUUGUUCCUGCAGGAAAUAUUGUUGGGAUCGGUGGGUUGCAAAAUGUUGUGCUCAAAACAGCAACACUUUGCAACUCACGAUUCUGUCCACCGUUCGUCGAUCUACCGUUAAUUGCCACACCGAUCCUUCGUGUGGCGGUCGAACCGAAAGAUAUCCAAAAAAUGCCCCAAUUAGUACGCGGUCUAAAAUUGCUCAACCAAGCGGAUGCAUGCGUGCAGGUUCGGGUGCAGGAAAGUGGUGAGCAUGUUCUACUAACACUGGGUGAAGUGCAUCUCGAACGAUGCAUUAAGGACCUGCAAGAAACCUACGCGAGGAUCGAGCUGAACGUCUCGAAACCGAUCGUACCGUUCAAGGAAACGAUCGUCCCGUUUGUCCCAACAUCGGAGGAGAAUCCAGAAGAGGAAAUUGCUAAAGAUCGUGAGAAAGAUAAAACCGUUACCAUGCAAACUCCCAAUCGGCAGUGCACGAUCAAGCUGGAAGCCGUCCCACUAGCACAAGAAGUCGUGGACUUGCUGAAUCGUAACGAAUCCGUUCUGAAAGCAUUAAUCCGAGCACAUGACGAAAAGCAACCGCUUCCCCAAGCGUUGCAAGAUUCCAUUACUGAAUUACGAAAGAGUUUGGAAGGCCUGUUACCAGAGAGAAUCCCUUUCGAUCGCAUUUGGUCAUUCGGACCGAAGAAGUGUGGCACUAAUUUACUGGUAAACGGGAGCGACUUUGUACAUUCUUCUGUUUGGCACGAAAGUGAACCAUUGGAGCGGGAAGCUGUUCCCUCCGAGGCACCAGAAGACCCUCGCAAACAAUAUGAAUCGUCGUUUUUGAACGGGUUUCAAAUGGCGAGCCUUGCGGGUCCAUUGUGUGAUGAGCCGAUGCAAGGUGUGGCAUUUUUGGUGGACCGUUGGGAGCUCGAUCUUACGGUCGGAGUCGAUUUGGCAUCAGUUGCUUCUCAUGGCCCUCUUUCUGGUCAAAUUAUGUCGGCCGUCAAGGAAGGGUGUAAAAAGGCAUUUCAAAAUCAACCACAACGUUUGGUUCAUCCUAUGUACAGCUGUAACAUAACUGUAAACUCUGAUGUACUUGGUAAACUGUACGCCGUCAUCGGCCGCCGCCAGGGCCGCAUCCUGUCCGCCGACCUGAUCGAGGGCAGCGGCCAGUUCGACGUGACCGCCGUCAUACCGGUGAUCGAGUCGUUCAACUUCGCCACCGAGAUCCGCAAGCAGACGUCCGGGCUGGCGAUGCCGCAGCUCGUCUUCAGCCACUGGGAGACGGUCGAUAUCGACCCGUACUGGGUGCCGUCGACGGAGGAGGAGUAUCUGCAGUACGGCGAGAAGGCCGACUUCACGAACGUGGCGCGCGUCUACAUGGAUGCGAUCCGCGAGCGCAAGGGUCUGGCGGUGGAAAAGAAGCUGGUCGAGUUUGCCGAAAAGCAGCGCACCCUCUCGAAGAACAAGUGAUUGAGGGGGUUGUGUGUGUGUGAUUUUUAAGGUUGCAGACGUACAAGUAUUUAACGAAUUGUGGUAUUCGUCGAAGCUAGGCGAACGUUAAUGUUUUAUCAUUGUAAUCAUUGGCUUUUCAUAUUAAACAAGUUUGAUACAUACGUGAUUGACUCUUUCCCUUGUGUUGGAAAGGAAGAGUCUUCGAGAAGAAAAUACAACAACU